GGUGAUAUGAUUAAAAGUUACAACAUUUUACGGAAUAAAAUUAAAGCAUUCGUAAGAAAUUUAAGUCAUUUCAAUUGUAGCAUUCGACGAAUGUCUACCUUAACUACAACGAUCAUAGUUUGUAUGUAAUUCAGCUGAAACGGGCACAAUUUCUUGACUCUCCAGCUAUCACCUGGGUUUGUUUGCAUAUUUCUCUCAUCUGCUGUCGUUAACACAAGCCUACAGUCCUGCAGAGCGCUGACGUGUAGUUUUGAUGACUUAGUGCCAAUGAGGAUGAGCUGUCAAACCACAAGGCAGCUCUACUUCCAGCUAAUUUCUUUGUUGUGAAACUGCUCUGUUUAAGUUCCUCUUCUGAACCUCACGAAGUCGCCUAGCAUGGCACUGCAAGGUGUUUCCCACUGGAUGCAAGCCUGCGUGGUCCUGCAGCUCUCCUUAUCUGUAAUCCUGACCACCGCUGCCCCAGAGACAAGCAGAAACUACUACAAUAUUCUUAAUGUUGAGCCCACAGCGAGUGACAGCCAGAUAAGGAAGGCUUUCCGCAGGCUGGCAGUAAAAUACCACCCCGACAAGAACAAGAGUACAGAUGCAGAGAAGACUUUCAGGGAGAUUGCUGAAGCCUACAAGGUGCUUUCUGACAAGGAGCAGAGAAGGCAGUAUGACAGUGUCGGCCAUGCAGUCUUCCUAAACCGUGACAAGACCUCCCUUAACCCUGAGGACCAACCUGAAACAGGCUUCCACUUCAGUUUUGCAGACUUCUUCCACCACUUUGAUGAGAGUAUUCUUAUGGAGGAGGAGGUCUUUCACUGGAGUUUCAAGGAGGAAGGGGGUGGUGCAUAUGAGCAUUACAGUUUCCAGGAGCCAGGCUUCAGCUUUUUGUUCCAUGACAGCGACGAAUAUGAAGACUACUAGAUUUACUGCAUCACUUUCUUGUAUCCUAGAUGAUUAAUGUAUUGUUUUUUAUUGAUAAUAAAGCCUUCUUUGUAAAAAAUUAA